AGGGGUGGGGAUUCAGGGAGAGUAAUCGAUCCUCCCCCUCUCUCUUCCGCGCGGUAUUUGGAAAGUUCCAUGGCGUAAACGAAGCAGCUGGCAAAAUCACCAGAAAGUAGAUGACUGGCUCUGGCAUGUUUUAAUUUUUGUCAAACUUUAUUUUACUGCACUUUUGCCACUAGCGUUGUUCAAAAUGAAAGUCGAGUGUGGUCAAAGCAGUGACGGAACUAGUUUUGUUUGCCAUGCUGAAGGAGGGGUCGACUGUGCUGAAAAUGCUGAAGGAAACGAACAAGGAAUGUCCGAAAUUAUUGUCCAACUUGACGACGAACUACCUACUCCCUCGAGCCCAGAAACUUUCUCUAGCCCAGAAACCGACAUAUUUUUAUAUGCGCCUGUUUCAGACUUUGAGGAAGAGGACGGGGAUAACUACGCUUCGGAUUCUUCCAGUGUCCCAGCUGGUAAACAACAGUCGUCGAUUAAGUCAAGUAACGUGAACGUUAAGAAGAUCAAGUUGGAAAAAUGUGCAGAAAAAAAUAGGGUAAUUCCCAGGAGGACUGAUCGAAAACCAAAACGGAAGAAAACAAGCAGUCCUGUACCCAAGCAAAAUAGUUCACUGUCCACAAAUGGCCAGCCAAAGCGACGAGGGACAAAGAAAUCACAUGUUAAGAUUCAACAGUGUACAUCGGGCCAGGCUGAGCAAGACCGUAAGUUGAGGGAGACAGCGGGCUGGAUCCCAGCUCCCUACACCAAGCCAGAAACUGCCAUCAGCCCACAAGCAGCCAUGGAGCCACCAGGUUUCCCCUCUCUUCAAGGCAAGAUGGAGGAACCAUUCUAUGAAGGGAAGGACAACACUUUGCUAACAGUGUUGCAACAUUGCCAGACGUUGUGCAAAGUUGUACAGAGGCUUGAACACAAGAUUGACAACCUUCAAGCAGAUUGCUCCCAGCUGCGUCUCCUCAUCAACAAGGAAGACUCAAAGAAGCCACUCACUUCGUCAUCUUUGGGGAGAGACCAGCCACCUUCGGGAUGCAUGGAGCAAAUCAAAGUAAACUCUCAGUGUCGACUUCCAAGCGACGGAAAUACUUUUACAUGUGAUACAAACAGUCUCGACCCAUCUCAACCUAAAGCCUACUUUGGGGAUGCUGACAAAACUAGCACAGACAAAAUUGCAGGUAGAGGUCGAAGAGGAGGAGGAGGAAGAAGAGGAAGAGGCCGGGGUAGAGGUAGAGGUAGGAGUCAAACUGCCAGCAGGGAGAAGGAUCCAUCUCUUUGGAAAGUGCCUCCUGUAAGGGCAAACCAACCCAAACGCAUCGUGUCCUUGCCUGUCGCUGCUGAUGAUGAUGGUCCAUGUGCCAGCAAAGUAGCCAAGAUCCUCUCUGAGCUGCAGGGGAGGCGAUCGGCUCCAGGGGUCUCGGUGGAGGAGCGCUGUGAGGCUACUAAGUCCAACAGUGUCUCUAAUGGCAAAGAGCAACAAGUGAUGAUUGGGAGUGCCUUCAGGAAGGUGUGGAUCCCAUACUCUGUGUACAUGGAGGCCUUUAAGCAGGAUGAGCCUCAGAAGGCUUUGGUGCCAGUACUGCAUGCCGUUUUUCCUCAAAGUGUCCUUAGCUGUAGCGCUGUGGUCGCAAACCCUCAGAAAGGCAUCCAGGAGCUCAACCCAAACAAGCUAGAGGCCAUCCGAGAAUGGCUGGCGGAGAUGUACCCCCGGCACGAGCUGGAGGUGAAGGGAAAAGCUUGGGCUGAAUGUUUGGGGGUCCUGAACAGCAUCAUCAAAAAGUUGAAAACCGAUACAACUCCAACCAAGACCGCCUCCCUUGAAGUUAACCUGGUAGUGUUUUGAUUGGACUUUUUGUGUUGUGACACUUUCGUCUCAGGUACUCUACAAAUACUUUUAUGUUUUUGAUGCUGCUAAAAUUACUUUUUCAUAGACCACACAUAACUAAACAUUUUAAAUGUGAUGUGUGAAAUUAAGCACAAUUGACUUUUAAGAAUUUAUGUUUAUCUUUUUGUAUUACCUUAAAUACAGGAAACUCACAAGCUA